CUACGUCGCUUCAGAAUGACGCCGUGAAAUUAAGGGUUUCUCAUUUAGCGAUAUUCGCAUCUUCAGUCCUCCAGUCGUUUCCUCGUGUCUCUUUGACAACUCCUCCUUCAGUGUGAAAAAAUCUACCUCGUGAAGCAGCAUUACGAGAGAGGGACGCGAGACGACAGUGUUACAGAAGCGACAUUCGACUAACUUCAUGGUUGAAACUCCCUGAAAACAAAACCUGAACACAUCUGUAAUUUGGCAUUACCUGUCCUCGUGACCGCCUCCACCUUCCUCCAGUCCAAAAACACACAUCACCGCGUCCACCAGCGGCUGGUACUCAUAGAUGAUCCGUCGAAACCCAUGGAGGAAAGGCAUGGCUCCUCCGCUCUGCACAGUAAGAAUGUAGUCGACUGUCGGGUCUUGGAGGGAUUGCAGAGAUACUCCUCUAUCCCCACAUACCUGCCUGUCAACUACCAGGUGCUCAGCGCUGACUUGGCGUUCUUCCUAAAGGAGGCCAACCAGGACUUCAUGAGAAACUCUAGCCUCAUGGCACGGACUGAGCCUUUCUUUAUCUACCAGGCCAGGAGUUUACCCUCAGUGAACGCUAGCUACGGGCCUCUCUCUCUGGAGCAGCCUGUCCCCUUAGAGCUCCUGCAGAGCCCGGGGACCUUUCCAGCCUCCUCUGUUUUUACCUUUAAUUGGAAGGUGCAGACUUUCAUCAUGAACACCAGGAUUCAUUUGGCCAAACCCAGAGUCCAAGUGCUGUUUUAUGUCGCAGGCAGGGACUGGGAUGACUACAGCGCUAUUGACAAGCUGCCCUGUGUGCAUAUGUUUGCUUUCCAUGAGACCCAGGAAGUGCGUGGUACCUGCCAGCUGAAGGGGGACAUGGGUCUGUGUGUGGCCGAGCUGGAGCCCUUGGCCGGCUGGUUCAGCCCACCCAGUGUGGUGCCAGGACGCCAAAGGACCCCAGAAGUGUCUGAGGGCACACAGGUGGAGCUCUACUACAUGCUGCAGUCAGCAGAAGCUGGGGAGUGCCACUCCGACGAGGCCAGGAAGGACAGCUUCAUCCGCUCCAGCCAGGAGGGGCUGUUUGGUUCCUACACAUCCACACCACUGAAGAGGAUUGGCGGUAUAAGGCUCUACCAAAACCCUGCUCCACCACCCCUCACUGAGCACAGGCUGGAUAACAACUUUUGGGUGAUGGUGCCCGCCGUACCUAUGAGACAGAGGGAAACCGUCUCUGCCUUCAUCACUGUGUCAGACUACUCUCCCGUGGAAAUGUUUACGCUCAGAGUCAAGUUGAAAGAAGGAGUGACCUUUCUCGGGGCUCGUCCCAGCAACCCCACUCAGUGGAUUGUUAGCCAGGAUGUGAGGAGUGAAGGCCACCGCGUGGUGACUCUGCACUGCCGCAGGAAGGAGUCUGGCUACGACCAACAAAGGUCUGAGACGGGAGUUCAAAGGGUGCUCCAGGUGGAUCUGAAAAUGGAGAGCUUUCCAGAGCCGCUGGGCAGCCGCUGGAUGGCCUGGCAGGUGGAGUACCCGACCGGCCGUGCCACCACACAAGAGGCUGAGACGGAGAUCCGGCUGGCCCAGGAGGACCUGGCGGGCAUCGUGCCCCUGGCAAUGGACUCAGAGAUUUUGAACACCGCUGUGCUGACAGGAAAGACGGUGGCCGUCCCAUUGAAAGUGGUGACCAUUGGAGUUGAUGCCUCUGUAACUGAUGUUUCCGAAGCCGUCAAGUGUCGCUCUACAGAUGAAGAUGUGGUCAAGGUGUCGGACAGGUGCGACUACAUUUUCGUGAACGGCAAAGAGAUGAAGGGCAAGGUGGGGAUGAUGGUGAACUUCACCUACGGGUACCUGAGCUCUCAGCUGGAGCUCAACGUGUGGAUCCCCCGGUUACCCCUCCAGAUCGAGGUGUCAGACACGGAGCUGAGCCAGAUCAAAGGGUGGAGGGUUCCCAUCAUGGCAACAAGUCAGAGGUCUACAAGGGAAAGCGAGGAUGAGGAUGAUGAAGACAGACGAGGACGAAGCUGCACUCUGCAGUACCAGCAUGCCAUGGUUCGAGUCCUGACCCAUUUUGUCGCCGAGUCAGCUGAUCCCCGAGGACAGACCAGCUUCUUGCUGGGCUCUGAUUGGCAGGUGGACGUCACAGAGCUGGUGUGGGACUUCCUGAAGGUGGAGGAUCCUCAUACUGCGCGGCUGUUGGACCGGAGGAUACUGGUGGGACUGGAUAUGGGGAUGACCACUAUCCAGGUGUUGUCUCCUUUGUCAGACUCCAUCCUGGCAGAGAAAACUGUCACAGUGGUGGAUGACAAAGUGACAAUCACUGAGUUGGGGGUCCAGUUGGUGACCGGCCUCUCCAUGAGCCUGCAGCUCAGUCCAGGAAGCAACAGAGCCAUCCUGGCCACCACCACCACACAGGAGAUCCUGCAGAGCCCAAAACAGGAGGCAUUGAUCAGCGCCUGGCUUCAGUUCAGCGAUGGCUCUGUGGCUCCUCUCGACCUGUACAAUCCUGACUUUUUCAUCUUGACAGCCACCUCCCUUGAUGAGGAGGUUGUGACAGUGCAGCAGAACCCCUCUUGGAAAUGGCCCGUCAUUGUUACAGAGGCAGAGGGCCAAGGCCUGCUGGUCAGGGUGGAAAUGACAGUGUGCGAGGUCUGCCAGAAGUAUAAGCGCCGCAGCAUCCUGGCAGCAGGGAACUGUAACGUCAGGGUUAAGUUUGGUCACAGUGACAGCUCGAGGGGAGGGAGCAGUGACUACGGCCCUGAUGGAGAUGAAAUGGAGAACCGAGGCAGGCUCUCUCCUGCCCAAGACAGGACCGGCCUUGACACCCACUACUAUGGCAGCUCUAUCUCAGACAUGGAGGAUGGGGUUUUGCGCAGAGCCACCACCACUAGAAGCGCAAUAAUGCGUCGACCCAAUGGGGACAAACUGUCAGAUGGAAGCCAGAACAUACCCAUCGACUUUGCUGACUUCCCUGCACAAGUGGACCUGCCCCGUGGGCGCAAUAUGGACGACGACCUCAUGCAGACUGCACGUGGGCUCACCGACCUGGAGAUCGGCAUGUAUGCCUUGCUAGGGGUCUUCUGCCUUGCCAUCUUGGUCUUUCUCAUCAACUGCAUCUCCUAUACCUUGAAAUACCGCCACAAGGAGCUCUCAAUCGAGGGCCAGGAGAACAUGAACCAUGCUCACGACUGGGUGUGGCUCGGAAAUGAAGCAGAACUUCUUGAGAGCCAGAUCAGCCUAUCUCCCCAGCAGGAGGAGCAGACCUCCAUGAUGGACUCCAGCAGCGGACUUGAGGAAGGCAGCCACUUGCUAAACGGAGGCUCGGUCCAAAAGAACGUCCAGGGCCAAGUGCACCGGGCGGCAGAGACAGCGUGCAUAGCCAAGGACAGCAAAGGGGACUCACCAACCACCAAGAGGAAGCGAGUCAAGUUCACCACAUUCACCACCAUCCCCUCGGACAAUAGCUACCCCACUGUGAACACACUGACUGGAAGCUGCAGCCAGGAUAUUAAGUGGGUGUGCCAAGACGUGGAGCUGGGUGACUCCAAGGAGUUGCGUAAUUACAUGGAAAGGUUAAAUGACAGUGCUUUAAAAGAGGUGGCAUAAUGUACAGUGUGCACUUGGAACAAACUCACCCUUAUGCCUUUCAGAAAACGGUGGGUCUGAACAGAAAGCGGGCCCUUAGUGAGUGAAAGAGGAGAACAUUGACUUCAGAAUCACCCCAAACUGCCAAAGGGUCAUUAAAUUCAAGAGGACUGUCAUUAAUACACAAGUAAAUGAUCACAAAUCACUAACAGAAAAUGUCAAUGAGGAUGUCAGGUGGUUCUUUUUCUCAUGUGUUUAUCAGAAGAUAACCUUUUUAUCCUCAUUUUAUUACAGGGUUUAGGUAGAACCAAGUAAUGAUCCGAGGACUGAUCUGCAGCAGCUAUGAACUGUCAUAAUCACACGAUAUGUAGAUUCCAAAAACAGACAGCAACAUGACAAGAUAGAUGUUUCGAAUCUGUGUACACAUUAAAUGGUUUUGGAAGUUUUGUAACACUUUGAAUAUUAAUUUCCUACACCAGGUCUUUAUUCUGCAGAAGAUUCCAGAAAAGCCAAAUGAAGCCGAGAGAAAUUCCUGCAUGACGUUGGAAAAAAAAAAGGCACAAAUUUCUGGUUCAUUCUCAUCCUCUUAACAUGGCAGAAGACCUGUUAUGUAUAUACUGAACAGUCUCCAAAGCAUUGUAUUGUUGCUCUGUAUAUUGUAUUUUCAUAACAUUUAAGAAAUACACUACAAUGUCAA